AACAGUGACGUGUAGGAGCAGUAUUUAAUAAUCGCUUGGUGUUUAUUGAUAAAAAGUAGAGUAAAGCGGUCAGUGGCCUUCUGACAAGCAGUGCGGCGUACGUAAGUCAGAGCAAGUAGCCCCCUCCACCGGUUGCCCCUUGUAAGUCGGCUGCUUGAGACGGACCUUUCUCUCUUUGCGGACAGUGACACAGUGACCGUGUUAGCGGUGGAGGGCUCGGGCCAUGCACCACCAUACUGUCGUAGUGCCGAUAGUGGUUGCGGUGUUCCUGCAGGCCUCGGCACUAGCGGCGACGGCGAGAGUGCGCCGCGCCGACGCUGACCUCACCUUCGCCGAGACAGUCUAUGCGCGACUGUCAGGUGCAUGUAGAGCACUCAUAGACUUGAGCUACAAUACUAUGACGGAUCAAAAUUAUUUGAUAAAAACGUUAAAAAUUGUUCAGUUGGACGGCAAUUCGAUGAAAAUGUUUCCUAUCAAUGAAGCAUACGUAAAUUUAACAAAACCCAGAAUGUUUGAUAUUUCAAAACAAACCAAGAUUAUUAUCCACGGAUAUAAAGAUCAUUCACAAUCAGCGGUGCCCAUAGAAUUGGCCAAGGCGUAUAAUGAAAAGAACAUUUUCAAUGUAUUAUUAUUGGAUGCGGAAGAAAUCAUGAAUAAAAGAUAUAUGACAUGCGUGCAUAAUACCCGUCUAAUGGGUAAGAGAUUAGCCAAUUUACUAGCUAACUUAGAAAAUUUUGGAGCUAAUGCUGAAGAUUUUCAUCUAUUGGGUAUUAGCCUAGGUGCACACGUCGCCGGAUGGGCCGGCAAAUAUUUCCGACAGUAUAAAGGCCACAGUUUAGGUCGCAUCACUGGCCUCGAUCCAGCGGGACCGUGCUUUUCUCAUGCAUACAGCGAUCAACGGUUAGACAAAACUGACGCCAAGUAUGUCGAUGUUGUGCAUUCAAAUCGACUCGUUCAAGGAAUAAUCGAGUCGCUCGGCCACGCCGAUUUUUAUAUAAAUGGUGGGGGUCCGAACCAGCCUGGCUGCUUUAUGCCAUCAUGCAGCCAUUUACGGGCUGCUGAAGUUUAUACAGAGAGUGUUAUGACCCCGAAAUCCUUUGUGGGAAUUCGUUGUCAAAGUUGGAAACAUUUCCAAGCAAAUGCGUGUGAAAAAGAUACGUAUGCAGUGAUGGGUUAUGGAUCCUCAACGACCACCAGAGGAGAGUAUUAUUUGCGGACUAUGGGACGGCCUCCUUAUGGCCUCGGUAUGGAUGGUACUAAAAAUUCGGAUUCAAGUGUUGAUGAUUGGUUUACAAGGACUUUAAAUAUACCGUAAUUUUAAUAAUUUUUAUUUUAGUUGCCAUAUUUAUGAUGAAUGUGUAUAAUAAUAAUAUUGCAUUUUAGUGCAAUAAGUACAAUAUUCGAGCGUCGUGUGGUGCAAUGCUGUGUAUGAUACUUAAAUAAAUGGUCUGGGUGUUGUUAUGACCGUUUGGUCGUAGUUGUAAUAUAUGGGGACCGAUUUGCUUGCCCCUCUA